CGACUCAAUACUUGACGUGCACUUUAUGACAUGUCAAAUAUCCUGAUAAAAACUYGAAUGCCAUUGUCAACAGCACUCAUCCCUCUCGCUUUGUUCAUUGGAGUAGCAACACGAUCCAGAGGCAGUGAUGAGUGUGUGGCCCGUAACUUUGGCCAUGGCUCGGUGGUGUGUGAGUGUAACUCCACCCACUGUGACAGUAUUGGGUCGGACACACUACCUGCCUUGGGUCAGUUCCUGUCCUUCACCAGCAGUAAGGCUGGCAGCAGGCUGCAGAGAGGACAGGGACAGGGACAGAAGAACAGCACUGGAGCAGUUCUCAGGCUGACUGUGGUUCCCUACCAGAAGUACCAGAGGAUCAGAGGGUUUGGAGGAGCCAUGACAGACUCAGCUGCCAURAACAUCCUGUCUCUGUCCCCCAGAACACAGGACCAGCUACUACGACAGUACUUCUCUGCUCAGGGUAUUGGGUACAGUGUGGUGCGGGUGCCCAUUGCCAGCUGUGACUUCUCAACCCAUCUGUACACCUAUGCCGACUCACCUGGAGACUACAACCUGGACAACUUUACCUUAGCACCAGAGGACACUAACAUGAAGAUCCCCCUGCUGCAGCGAGCCCAGGCCCUGUCGCCCCGCCCCUGUCUCUGCUGGCCAGUGCCUGGAGCGCCCCCGCAUGGUUGAAGACCAACGGUGCUCUCACUGGCAAGGGCUCUUUGAAGGGCCAGCCUGGGGGCAAGGAGCACAAGACCUGGGCUAAAUACUAUG